AUGGCAGAUAAGCAUAUUGUGUUGAGAACCGCGAUUCAUCGAGUUCAGAAGAACUUUCGAAAACAAGAAGUGGAAGCUUUGAAAGUGCUGAAACAUAACGUGGAACUUGACAGCAGUCUUCGAGAUUCAUCUAGUGCUGAAGGUAGCGAAUCAGAUGAUAACUGCGUUGGGCAAUGCGCUUUCCAGUUUGUUGAUCAACUGAAAAUGGAACUUGGUGAUCGGAGUGUGUUGGGAUUAUUGGAUUUGAAUUUUAACGAAUUUUUAAUCGCAUUCUCGAACAUAACUUUCUUUGAAGCAUUCUGCAAGUGGAUAGGCCAUUUGGUGAUGCAUCGUAACAAUUUUCAGUUAGCUAAUGUGCUGAAUACUGCAGGCAUUAUCACAAUUUCGAGUACUGUUACAGUCGCUUCGAGUGUGUCUCAUCAGUGCCUAUUUGCAGCGAUUCAUGAACGAUUCGGAUGUCUAUCAAAACUGGACAGCGAUGUAUCAAAACAGUGCCUUAAUAUAUGCGUACCACACCAUAAAGCUGUCAAUUCGAUCAUGAAUAAUUUCAAAUAUCUAGCGCUUAAUGGAGAUUCAUCAAGUGCUGAAAAAUAUUUGAAUGAGUCCUGCGAAUACGUGAUUUGCGCGUUACACUGCGACGUGCCAGCGAUAGCUCAUCACUGCGGGCACGAGACGUCGAAUUUGGUUAUUGACUUGACCCGAAAAUCGUUCAAUUCAAUGCAGUCAAUGGCACUUGGCACUGGUGCCAUUUCAAGUGGAUUCACGUCGUACACUUCAGGUGGCCAGUUGCGUGUGCGGAGAUUCAAGCCUAUAAGAUACCGCAACGACCUUCUACUACGCCAUCUCAAAGCGAAGCCAUUCCGACGACGGAAUCUAUCCCAACAAGAACAGAAGCGAUUCCAGUGGUUUCCUCUGCUCGAAGUUCAUUUGUUGAUGUCCAUAGUCUAA